GGUUAUGAACUGCAGUAAUAACAUUUCCAAACCAAUUUUUCCUUUUUGAAAAGCUUUUGAUAUUUUAUUAUCACUCCACUAAUGCUGGGGUGCUGAUUAGCCCCCUCCUUCCCUACCCUACCCAGCUCUAUAAGUGCAUGCAAACAAAAAGCAAGGGGGGGAAAAAAAAAAAACCAAACAAACAGAAACAAGCCCUCAGCAAUAAGUUGACUGAUUCUGGCAGCAAGACAAAUCUGGCACCACACAGCAGGCAGGCAGGGAGUUGCACUGCUCAUCCUUUCGGUUUGUCGGUGUAUGGGAAUGCUGGACAUCCACACACAAGGAGGGAUUCGGCCGCAAGCGCUGCUCCUGUGACUGAGCCCUGCUGCUCCCCCCGCUCGGAAGAUACAGAUGUCAGAAGACAAGACAGACAAGGUAAAAAUCAAACCAGCAGAAAGUUUUGAACAUGAGAAGCAAAAUAUUUCUUGGCUGAAGAAAGACAGCCGUACCAGCUCCCUGCCUCUCCUGGCACUCCCUGGGGUGACGCCGAGCAGCGAGGACCAUCCAGACAACCAGCUUACAAAUGAAAAACACACAGAUGAAAAGCCUAUGAAAGGUAUUGUUAUGAGUUCUGUCGCAGAAUUCAGCAUCACAGACGCUUCAUCAAAGGGCACCAAAAAUGAGAAGAAAUUGUCAGAUGCGAGCAGAUCAUCCAUUGCUUCCCUGGAGAAAUGCAGAGAAUUCACUUACAUUGAAGAUGACGCAUCAGUACAUCAGAGGGACAGUGACGAUGAAUGUGCAACUCUUAUCCUGGCCUGCUUGUUCUGCCAAUUUUGGGACUUUCUUGUAAUGCUGCCUGAUACCUGUGAACAUUGGUUGACAGAUACCUGUUGUCCAUCCAAUAGAUAUUACCAGACCUCUGACGAAGACCACGGCAACAACGACUGCAACUGUGACUGCGACAUUGAUUGCAGCCUUUUAGAGUCCUGCCAUGAGACUGGGGAAUGCCUGGAACUUGCCAUGGAAAUUUCUGAAGUCUGCUAUCGCUAA